AUGGCUCCGAAACUCAGCAAUUACUCGAUCGUCACGUUUCUUUCCCGACAGUUUUACCAUCUAAGAACACAUUACUUCUCAACUACCCAAAACUUCUUGAUCCCCACCAACAAAACAUGCAUACAUCUCCUGAAAAACUGCAAAUCCAUGAACCAAUUGAAGCAAAUCCAGACCCAAAUUGUUGUUCUUGGUCUCGCUCAAAACGUAGACGCUAUCAAGAAGCUCGUGGCUUUCUCGGCAGAUCCAUCGGUUGGAAACUUAUUCUACGCUCAAAAAAUCUUUGACAGAAUCGAAACCCCUUCCUUGCUCGUUUACAAUGUAAUGAUUAAAGCAUACACAAAGAGCGCCCAUUUCAGGAAAGCACUUCUUUUGUUUGAUCAGAUGAGGGUAGAUGGAUUAUGGCCGGAUAAUUAUACUUACCCGUUUGUGUUUAAAUCAAUCGGGCAUCUACGAGAAGCUUCCACUGGUGAAAAGAUUCGUGGGUUUGUCGUCAAAUCUGGGGAUGAGUUUGAUUGCUAUGUAUGUAACUCGGUUAUGGAUAUGUAUGGUGAGUUGGGCCGCAUUGAGGAUUCGCGUAAGGUGUUCGAUGAAAUGCCUGAAAGAGAUUCAGUCUCAUGGAAUGUUUUAAUUUCAGGGUAUGUUAAGUGUAAGAAAUUUGAGGAAGCUGUCAACGUUUAUCUGCAAAUGAGAGAAGAGAAAAGUGUAAAGCCUGAAGAGGCUACAAUCGUAAGCACUCUUUCAGCUUGUAUAGCCUUAAAAAAUCUUGAACUUGGGAAGGAAAUACACAAUUAUGUCACUCAUUUAAUCGGGUUUACAACUAAAAUUGGUAAUGCAUUAGUCGACAUGUAUUGCAAAUGCGGAUGUUUACACAUAGCACGCCAGAUUUUUAACAAGCUACCAAAUAAAAAUGUAAUUUGUUGGACAAGUAUGGUGUCUGGAUAUGUGAAUUGUGGGAAAUUAGAUGAUGCUAGACAAUUAUUCGAUAAUAGUCCAGUUAAAGAUAUUGUUCUAUGGACAUCUAUGAUAAAUGGAUACGUACAGUUUAAUCAUGUAGAUGAAGCAAUGACCUUAUUCCAACAAAUGCAAAUCUACAACAUUAAGCCUGACAAAUUCACAAUGGUUGCUCUCCUAACAGGUUGUGCACAAGUUGGGGGUUUAAAACAAGGGACAUGGAUUCAUGAAUAUAUGAAAGAACAUAGAAUAAGAAUCGAUGCUGUAUGUGGAACAGCUCUUAUUGAUAUGUAUGCAAAAUGUGGGUGUAUAGAGAAGUCUCUUGAGGUAUUUCACGGGUUACAUGAGAAAGAUACAGCUUCAUGGACAUCAAUUAUAUGUGCACUUUCCUUAAACGGAAAGUCCAGUUUAGCAUUGAAGCUGUUCUCUGAGAUGAAUGAAUUAGGGUUUAGGCCUGAUGAUAUUACUUUCAUCGGGGUUUUGAAUGCAUGUAGCCAUGGGAGAUUGGUGGAGGAAGGGUGGAAGCAUUUUGAAUCGAUGAAAUCAGUGUAUGAAAUUGAACCAAAGAUAGAACACUUCGGGUGUUUAAUUGAUCUUUUAGGUCGAGCUGGGCUACUGAAAGAAGCAGAAAAGAUAGUUAACAAAAUCCCAAGGGAGAAAGAUGAGAUGUUAGUUCCAGUUUAUAGUGCUUUGUUGAGUGCAUGUAGAUUGUAUGGUGAUGUUGAUUUGGGUGAGGAUUUAGCUGAUAGGUUAAGUGAAAUUGAAGGUGGUGAUUCGAGUAUUCAUAUGCUUUUGGCUAACAUUUAUGCUUCUGUUGGGAGAUGGGAAGAUGUGAAGAAGGUAAGAAGGAAAAUGAGAGGUGAUGGAGUUAGAAAGGAGCCUGGGUGUAGUUCAAUUGAGGUUAAUGGAAAUGUUUAUGAGUUUCUUGCUGGAGAUGCUUCUCAUCCUGAAAUGAAUGAUAUUUAUUUCAGUUUGAACACAUUGUUUAAACAGUCAUUUGUGUGUGAGAAAUAUGAUGUGGAGUUAGUUAAUUUGGUUUCAAUAAAUUCUUGA